ACUUCCUGGUAUGAACCAAGUAGGCUGCAUACCAAGGAGAUUGUUUUUACAGUGAAACACAGAGGCGUGUUUAGUUUCCCAAACUAUGACUAGAGCUCCAGACCUCUGACACACUGAGACAGGGAACUGGUGCUCCCACAACUGGGAGCCAGUUAGGGAUGGACAGGAAAUGUGUGGGAGAGAGGGAGGAAGACAUGCAGAAAUGGCCCAAGCCAGAAUCAAACACGCGGUGGCCUCGUCUGGUUGAAAAGAUGCUCCUUUGGUGGUUUCUGGUGCUGCCGUUGCUUGGAACUAUUCAAAUAUGCAAAGCCAGAGGAUGCGAUGAGUUCACCGACCUGGACCUCCAUCACGCGUUCAUCGGAACAACCCUGGAAGUUCGACUGCUGCUGUACACCCGGGAGAAUUCCACCUGUGGUCAGCAGCUGUCCCACCACAACCUGUCUGCCCAGCCUCACUUCAACCUCAGCAGACCCACCACCCUGGUCAUCCAUGGCUUCCGGCCGUCCGGUUCCCCGCCAGUCUGGCUGUCUAACAUCACACAGCAGCUUCUAUCCACAGCAGACAUGAACGUUCUGGUGGUGGAUUGGAACUCUGGAGCGGCGACUUUCAACUACUUUAAGGCUGUGGAAAAUACCCGAGGUGCCGCAGACAACAUCACUGGAUUCAUCCGUAACAUGCAGAACCACGGGGCCUCUUUAAGCACCAUCCACAUGGUUGGCGUCAGCCUUGGAGCCCAUAUGUCGGGCUUUGUCGGAGCUAACUUCAAUGGCAAGAUCGGGAGAAUCACAGCACUGGACCCAGCUGGGCCUCAGUUUACCGCCACUGACCCCAAAGACCGUUUGGACCCGACCGAUGCCCAGUUUGUAGACGUCCUACACACGGAUAUGGACGCCUUGGGUUUUAGGAAACCUUUGGGUCAUAUUGACUUUUAUCCUAAUGGGGGAGCAGACCAGCCUGGCUGCCCAAAGACCAUCUUUUCCGGGGGAUCCUAUUUCAAGUGCGACCACCAGAGAUCCGUGUUUCUUUAUCUGGAGUCCCUGAAACGGACCUGCCCCAUCAGAGCUUUCCCUUGCACCUCCUACACAGAAUUCCAGGACGGGCACUGUAUGGAUUGUCAACAGUUCAAUACGUCCGGAUGCCCAAUGUUUGGUUAUGACGUCAUUAAAUGGAAAGCUGCUCUGGUAAAUCUACCCCAAUCCAAGUUUUUUUUUACCACCAAUGAAGAGUCCCCAUUUUGCCAGAUGAGCUACAAGGUAGAAAUUGUGACAUGGAACGAGGAAACGCAUUGGUGCUUUUUGACCAUCAAAAUACACAGUGACCGCAAAGAAGCAAAGGCAACAAUCAACCAUAAAGCUUCAAAGUUUGAGAAGUACACCACCACUCAACUAUUGGCCCAGUUCGAUGAGAACCUCGAGAACAUCCAGAAGAUCUCUGUCAAGAUGUCCACCCGGAACGUGUUCAAGCCCAAGCGUAAACUACGCGUGCUUCGCAUCUGCCUAACAGACCUGGAGCGUAAAGACAGGCCUCUUUGUCGUUAUGACCUUGUCCUGAAGGAGAACAUGGAGGUGACCUUCAGACCCAUACCCUGUGAGGACUCCAACUUCUAAUUACCCGGUCUAGAGUAGGCAUCUUUCAAUAGAAAUCCACGACACGCAGGUUGCUUAUAUUUGCAACUGAUUCGUUCAGUUCAGAAAAGCAAAGCAUCCCAAAGCAAAGAGGCAUUUUCUCCGUUAUCAUGGAGUAUCACGUGUACAUAGACAAGAAAAAAGGAAUUUAAUUUGUAUUUCAGUAAGGUUCCAUCGGACCUAAAAGCUUAUCAAAUGCACUAAGUUCGUUUUCAGCUCUUGUAAAAUACUUUUUUUUCAUGUAUUUGUGUUAUUUCAUCAUAUUCUUGUUCUUGAAUAUGAUAGAUAAAAUAAUUGGAAUUUAUAUUAUUGGAUGUGUUGUCACGUGCAAGAUUAUAGUUAUUACAGUCAAAAAUGUGUGCUUCUAGAAGUAACUAACAGAGCUAUUGCUUUUUACUGUACAGAUCUAGGGUUGUGGUUGUCAUUUGAAUUUUUGAACUCACAACUGAUAACUUUUUGUUUUAAACACUGUGACUACCAGCAGAGCUCUCUCUAUCAGGAUAACUCUACUUAAACUCAGCCUUCCACUUUCUGAGUAUAUUUAGUUCUUUAUUUCCCAUGUACGCUCCAAUAAGUAACCAUAACAAUGCAAUAAGAAAUUCAGAUAAUUUAUUGAAAUCUUUAUAAGUACACAAACGAUUGUACAUGCAUGAAUUACUCAAUAGAGGUUUUGGAUGUUGGAUUGACCAGUAAACACAACAUUCCAAUAGAACUCUUGAAUAAAACCACAAAACGCUU